AUGCGACUCCAGAUCACAGUACACAGACACACUCUAGCACCUGUACGCAAUGUCUUCAAUACAAAUGCACAGCAGCUGGUGGCCGCUGGGUACAAGAUACUAACUGUCUCCGAUCUCUUGUCAGCAGUCAACUACCUGAUCCCAAUCGAAAGCGACCACUGGGGUUGCGAGGACUAUGCGGUCGAAUCUCGUCUCAACGACAAUCAGAGUCAGUUUUAUGAAGUCUUCCACUGGCAGUCCGUUGAUGAUGUAUUCAAGGAGGAUGAUGAGGUAGUCAUUAGACCUCUGGUGCGGAAAGAGAUUAAGGAACGAAGGUAUAACGGGCGCCAUCAGAUCAACCAGUCGGGUGUACAUAUGAUUGAUGGGGGUCCAUGGGGCAGGGGUGUGAUAGUCAGGAAUCGGCCCAGGGUCUAUAUUCCCCCAAGAGGUGGUACUGACGAGCAGCUAGCUAUCGCAGAGACCCAGGAAGAGGAAAAUCAGGAUGACCAGGAACGCGAGUCUCAGCUAAUGAUUACGAAUGUCUUAGGUCUGGACAAUGACGAGGAGGAAGCUGACGAUGAGGAAGACUACGAAGACGAUGCUUCGAACGCGUCUACAGAGGAUUCGCUUGAGCACGAGGCAGAGGACGAAGAAGAUGGCCUGGAAACACAAGAUACAAUUGAUGUCGGUGGUAAGAUUCUUAAAGAGAUUGUUUUUGAUGAAAAUGGCGAGAAACAACUUCUUGAGGAGAAACCACCUGAGCAGAGUCCGGCUGGAAAGAAGCGAAAACGUGUGCAAAUUCUGGACGGACACUCGAAGACGGUACGUGCACCAGAACCCACCAAGCGAAGAAAGAUAGACAUAGCGGAGGACGACAGCUCUAGUCGGGGUCCGAUUCCCGAAAGUCAGGAGGCGGGACUCACGAAUGGCACAUCGUCUACAAUCAUAGUCAACGGUGUUGGGUCUGAACACGAAGACGACAGCAGCUCUUCCAGUGGCAGUGAAGAUUCGGACGAAAGCGACAGUGGCAGUGAAGGCAGUGCAGACGUCCCAGUCGGCAACGCGCACAUUACGACUACCACUCCAGCAGCAACCGUGGACACUUCAUCUUCUGGCUCCGACAUGAGCGACACGGAUUCGAGCGAUUCUAGUUCGAAUUCUUCAGAUUCUGACGAGAGUUCUACUAGUGGUGAGUCUAGCUCUAGCGGUGAAGAGGUGGUGGAGUCUGCGCUGCCAGAAACUAAAGAUUUGAAGGGACCUGAGCAUCAUACAGAACAAGUCCAACACAAAGUAGCUUAUGUGGAAGCUCAGAAGCCUGCAGAAAAACAGAAUGUACCGCCAGGAAAAGGCUCGCUCAAGACGCAAAAGAACAACAUACGCAAGAAGCAGAACAAGAUCUUGAGUCGACUAAAGGCGGAGGGUAAAUUGCCACCAGGAGCAAAUUUUGAGAGUCUAGAAGCAUAUCUACAACGGGGAGAUGCGACAAAAUUUGCGUCUGCGCCGACGAAGAGAACUCAAGAAGCUGGCACCGAGGCUGAGGAGAUCAUGGUCGACGGCACCGAAGAUAUAGCUGAGGAAGUGGCUGCUAGACGAGAAGAGCUUUUGAGAAGAUUGAAUGGUAAUGCACCUCAACUCCCGACGGUGGAGCAAGAUGUUGAAAUAACAGAAGUUUCAGGAACGAAUGUUUCUGAACAGGAUCCUCCUGCCGAACCUGUCAGUGAGCUUCCAGUUGCUGCGCCUUUGUCGGACGAAGAACCUGUACAACCAGAGGCUGUACUUGCCGAGCCUGUUAUAGCUGCAGAACCGGCUGCACAGGAGAUUGCUGCUGAAGAACCAUCACCAAAACGUGCUAGGCUCGACGUCGCAAGCUCAAGACGUAUGCUUUUCAAUGCAUUAGGUGUCCGCAAUCCCAAAACCCCUGCUGCUGAACAAGCUCUGCGUGAAAAACUUGCUAAGCCUGUACGACAGGUCAAAGAGAAGGAGAUUUUACAGUCACAGAGUACCGGUCCCACACCAGCUGCUGCACCCACAGCACAGCACCCAGAGAGGUGGAAGAGCAAGCUCAUCAUCAAGGCUGUCGAAUGUGUACAAACUUACAAGAAGCCUGAAGUGCCUCCGUUCCCGUUCAAGCACCCAUGGCAGGUACGCAAGGAGAAGGAAGAAGCACGACAGAACCGAAAGCAACAGCAAAAGCACAACAAUCAAUCAUACAGGUAUGAAGAUCAGCAGCUCGACCCACCUGAAGAGCAAGCAAGAGAAGAAGAUGAUGAUCAAGACAUCGAGCUGGAUUAUGGCGAUGCUCCUUCACAGGCUCUGACCAUAUCCAGAACCUUGACAGCUGAGACCAACGACGAGGAGGAUAUCAUACCUAUACCCUCGGACUUCGAUGUUCUCUACGAUUUCGAGCCUCAUGAUCUCGUGAAAGGUGCCGUCAUAGCUUACAAACAGUUGCAUCUAGACGAGCACUUCCAGCCUGGCCAGUCGCCAUAUCGUGUAGCACGAAUUCUGUCUAAUGAGGGUCCCAGACUUCGACUCCGGCUUGCACCACAAUACAGAGAUUCCGAGACUGCUGAGUAUGACGAGGAAACUGGUGAACGUGUAUAUAACAAAUUCGAGAUGCCCAUCGAUGACGAGGAUGAACCUGACGAUGGCUUGCGUGUAAUCGCCUUCGAUGAGAUGAUUCAACCCAAAUUUGUGGCUCCAUCUGAUUCAGCUGGAGUCGUCAUUGCGCACAGUCAAUCUAGGUCGAAGGGACCGCAAGCAGAGCUGACCAUACAUGAUCAGACGACAACUUCAUUACAAGGUGGAGACGCGCAGGAUUCGGGAACGUCAAGAGUUGAGGAAACUCAGCAGCAGGUCAGUACUCCAAGAAGGACAGAGAUCGAGGACAUCAUCAAGGACGCGGGAUUUAAUUCAGCCCUGGAUGCACAGAUCCUACAUCCUCUUCCCGAGCCAACAGUCAGCAACAGAGAUUUGCCUGAGACCUCAACGGAGCACGCCCAUGCCUGGCGGUCGGAUGCAGAUGCAAUCACCUCACCAACACAUCCCUUUGUUCCCAGCGCCGAGCGUGAGAGCUCACCACCUUCCGAGAGCAUGGUCGAAUCAGUGAGAUACCCCAAUCUAUCUCAAUUAGGACUUGAGACCCCUUCUGUACCAGCACAAAGCAGCUCGCAUCAAGAUGCACAGAGAAUGACGCCGACACCUAUGCCAACCGUGGAAACCAGCGCACUUCUAGAUCCUGUACAAGAGGACGAGCUGGACCCCGAUAUCGACACGUCCAAAGCUAUCGACUUACCUGCAUCCUUACCAUCCGAAGUACCUCAAACGCAGUAUCCAGAGUCCUUACCAGCACCUACUUCCCCAAUUCUAGAUCAAGCCGAAGUCCAAGCACGAUCUUCACCAUUUGCAAACCUAGACGCCUCAAACUCACCACCCCUUCUCAGCCCCAAGCCAUCCGACGGCGAAAGCGUCGACAGUAACGGCCUCCCGUCCCUGCGAGCCCUGACCUCCAGCCAAACACAACGAAGACGCCAGAGCAGUAUUUUCAAAGUCAAGCCAGAACCCAUCCGACGUAGCCCGAGAGUCAAUACGUCUACCGAAACGCUGUACUUUUCCGACCCUGAGUCUCCUCCUCCUCUAGCUAUCAAAUCGAGCGCGAGCCAGAAGCAGCCGAGACUGAGUCAGAUUCCCGAAGACAAGGUCAUCGUGGACUUGACGCAGUCUAGUAGUCCGCAACGUUCAUCGCCGAAGGAUAGAGGAGGCAGUGGUAGGGGUGUAGGUGUAGGUGGGAAGAAGGUGGUAAGCUCGAGUCAGCAGCAGGGGAUUAAUCCUUUUAAGAAGUCGUUUGAGGGGCUGGGGGAGAAGAGCUUGUUGAAGAGAAGAAAGAAGAGGAGUUUGUGA